UCAGAUUCAAAGAUGGAAAAAUUGUUGCUUGGAUUCUUCAUAGCGACAUCAUCAGUAACUGCUGCAAUACAAUUCGAACAUUUUCCAGUCUCAGUUCAAUCCACAAUUCCCUCACAUAUGCCUUUUACCAAUCUUAGACCUACAGGAAGACCAGGAUUGAAGGAUGAUCAUGUGAAGCAGAAUACAAACUUUAUGUUAUUAACAGCUCAUCAAGAUGGAACAUUUAUUCAGGAAGAACCUAGUUUUGUUAGACAAGUUACAAACAGAGGCAGCUCAACAGAUCUUAAAUCAGAAGAUGAAGAUGAGAAUGGAUCAAGGGGUUCAUCAAGGUUCAAUACUAGGGAUCGAGUUAAUUUUAGACCAAGUCCUGUAUCUGUGAGCGCAACAGCUGGUUCUAUAAGAUCUAGAAACCCCUCUGGUACACAGAGAAGAAACCCAUCCAAACCAAGAUCAUCAGUUUCUGAAUCCCAAGAAUAUGAGGAGGAAGAGGAUGAAGAGGAGGAAGAGGAGGAGCAAGGAACAUUUAAUCCAUCUAGAGGUCGUCUUCCUGCCCGGGGACGAACAGAAAACAUUGAAAAAACCCAAGGACUAAAAGAGGAAAUUAAUCAAGACGAAUCGUUUACAAGAGGACGAACUGGAGGUAGAGACCAGGACGAGUCUUCUUUUAGAGGACAAGAGGAGGACGAAAAUACUGGGAAAGGACAAGAAGAGGACAAAACAAGGACUAGAGGACGCAAUCUUCAAAAUAAAAGGAUAACCCUUGAGAGAACAGAGGAUAGAAGAAAAAUAAAUAUUUCUAACCCAGGGGCAAGACAAAGUGAAUCUCAGGAUGGUCAAGUAAAGCCCAAGAUAAGAAUAAGCUUGAGUCGAGGGAGGGAGAAUACAAGAUCAUCAUUGGUAGAAGCAACAACAAGACCAGUAAGAUUUGAAACUGUUCAACCAACAGCAUUUUCAAUAUUUCCCGCAGUAAAUCCACCGGAUAACAAUCUUCUUCAGUCCACACCUGAAUCCUUUCAAAUCCAGUCCAAAUCCGAAUCUUUCCGCCCAAAUCCCAGAUUCCUGAUUGAGCCUGAAGUUGGUAAUACUGUAGACCAGGAAAAAAUAGUUGAAAGUUUACCAGAGCAGAGAUUUCAGUUCUUCCCCGCUAAAACUGCAGAACAGAAAGAAGAAGACAACCAACUGGCUCAGAAUGAACAGCUGAUCCAGGAUCAAAAUCAGCUGAUUUUAUUUCCAGAAGAUUCUGCAAUUCAUCAUGCACAGCUCACUUGGAACCAGGAUCCAUUCAGAAGUGUAGUUUCUGAUGAAGGAAGACCUGUUUUCAAUAUUGAUUAUUCAAGAUCUUCUGUAAUCGAGGUUCCAGUUUUGAAAAAAGAGGAGAAAAUUAAUAAACCCUUGCCCUUCCAGUUUUCCCUAAGUAGCAUCGUUUCUCCAACACUUCCAACAACAACCCGUCCAACAACAACCCGUCCAACGACAACCGUCCCAACCUCUACAACAGUUCUCCGGGUAUCUACUGAACCAGUGAUAGAACAAGAACAAGAAAGAUCUCUCAUAUCAAGAGGAAGACAAACCGUGAACCCUGGAAAAUCUCUAAUCCAAGAGCCUAAACAAUCCCAAAGUACUGGAGAGACACGAACCACACCAAAUGCGAUUGCACCUGUAACACCAAGACAGAAUAAUAUUAAAGAGGAGAAACAAGAUGUAUUUGUUUUCAAUCCGGAGCCGUUUAAUCUGAAUGCGUUGAGAAACCCUGUCAUUCCCUCUGAUGUUCAAACCCCUUUCCAAUCAUUCCCUGCUCCUAUCCCCACUCAACCACCUCAAAAAAGUUUUGUAAACCCAUCAAAUCUAAAUUCCUUUAGAAACCCUGUUAGUCCAUCUCCUGUUCAAGCACCUUUCCAAUCAUUCCCCGCUCCUAUCCCCACUCAACCAGCUCAAAGGAGUUUUGAAGGAGGCUUUGAAGCUGUAACCUGGACCCCGGCCAUUCUUCGAAAGGAUUUUGAUCCAAAGAACUUUCUUUCAGAAGCCCCGCUGUCGGCCCAACCUCGGGUACAGGAACAGAGAAACCCGUUUAGUAAUUUUGCAGUUUUUAGCCAAGAUAUUUUUGCGAAUUUUCCUCAGUCUAGUAACCAAAGAACUGCUAAAUCACUGAAACCAGCUGAAUCAGCUGAUGCUGAAUCAGGAAAACAGGCGCAAACAGGAAACUUCUUCUCUCUCUCUAGCCCAGCUUUCUCAUUUUCAACCCAACUUUAAAACCAGUUUUGAUCUCCAUGCACAGUGUACAGGGGAUAUACAGGGUGUCCCACGAAACAUGACAGUUGAUAAAUAGUUCUGAAUGUCGUCUUCCCUAUACUGUAUUAGA